AUAUUUAACUGAAAAUAUUUAAAUGUACGUCCACCCCCAGUAUACGUAUAGCCCAUGGUUUACUCUCUCUCCCACCUUUUAUCUCUCUCAACACUGUUGUUAUAUCACUAUACUCCUCCACAAAGAUCAUUCAUCUCUCUCCAAUAUCUCUCUCCUCAGCUUAUAGUUUUCCUCUUCUUUUGUUGAUUUUUUUUGCAUAUUGGUGAGCAUGGAGAUGAAGUUGAUGAAAAAUAAGGUUGGGUAUGUGAGUGGGAGGCUUGCAAAGAACAAGAGAGUGAGCAGCCGAAGAACCAAGAAGCAUAAGCAUGGUGAUUGUGAAGCAAAGAACAAGGUGCCGAAGAAGAUACUGUUGCAGAGACUUUAUGAAUCAUGUCUGCAAGUUUUUAGAGGCCCUGGUACGGUUCCUUCUGCUCCGGAUGUGCAGAUUCUUCGACAGAUUAUCGAUGGUAUGCGGCCUGAGGAUGUUGGGCUUAGCCCGGAACUUCAGUUCUUUAAUCCUGUUAGCGGUGCGGCUAAUCCGAUUCCUAGAGUCACUCAGACAACCAUAUACAAUUGUCAGAAUUUUUCUCUGUGCAUUUUCUUUCUACCUGCGGGAGCAAAGAUUCCUUUACAUAACCACCCCGGAAUGACUGUCUUUAGCAAGCUUCUACUAGGCACCAUGCACAUCAAGGCAUAUGAUUGGGUUGAUCAUGGCAACUCCUCCUCCGAUGACGAUAAACCUUCCUCCAAAUUGAGAUUAGCAAUGUUGAAAGCGGAUGAUGUGUUUACAGCGCCAUGUGAUAGUUCGGUACUGUAUCCAGCAUCAGGAGGGAAUAUACAUGAGUUUACAGCUAUAACACCAUGCGCGGUGCUAGAUGUUCUUGGACCUCCUUAUUCAAGAGAGGAUGGCCGGGACUGCUCUUACUACAAAGACUCUCCUUACACUGCCUUACCAAAUGAAGAUGGUAGUAUGAUAAAGGAAGAAGAGGGCAAGUUGUAUGGAUGGUUGGAAGAGAUUGAGAUGCCUAGAGAGUCAGCCAUGGAUGGAAUAGAGUACUUGGGUCCACAAAUCAAGGAGUCCAGUUUUUAGCCAGCUCUAGUACUUUCUUUUUAGGCCUGAAUUAGGUUUUUCUCCCCUCUAAUAUGGUGUUUAUGUUCUUUCCGGGUGUGGCAAAUGGCAAUUAAUCAUCAUUCCCCUUUUCUUUUCUUUAUUUCAUCUUAAAAUGCGCCUGUAAAUUCACAGUUGUCAUUAGACUCUUUCAUGUGUAUAAUCUCUUUUUUUUAACAAAAUUAUUGGCAGAUAGUGUUGCUAAUA